CGAAGGGUUUUCCAGGGUAGCCGAAAAUGUUCAAAUUCGUCUCAGUUAAACGUCAAAGUCCCAUCGUUUUCCUUGGCGCUUUUAUGAUGGUGAGCCUUUUCUGUGGCCAACUGGGCGUCUACGGAGAAACCGAUGCCAGUCUCGAUAAAGGUGAGAUUGCGAAUCUUGAAGAAGAUGAAAUUGCAAAGAUGGCGGUUCCCUGCCAAAUCUUUUGCACGCUCGAAUACAUGCCAGUGUGUGGAACAGACGGUGUUACCUACUCCAACAUCUGCCAGCUGAAUGCUCAUAACACGUGCCAUGGCACAGACGUCCAGAAGGUUCACGACGGUCCUUGCCGUCCUCAUGACUCGUUCUGCGUUUCCGAUCCCAAUCCACUCAAAUGCCGAUGUCUCGACGGCAAGGUCGUAUGUCAAACUCCCCAGGCUCAACCUCACAUUCGUUGUAACAAUGUUUUCAAGCCCGUCUGCGGAACCGAUGGGAGAACUUACCGAAACGCAUGUCAAUUAGCUGUGGCAACCACUUGUUCCUCCAUCCAUCCCCAAGUGCGUGUUUGUCAUCAAGGUCCAUGCAAAUUUGGACAUUUGUAGACAAAAUCUUUUCCCAAGAAAUCCAUAACGGAAUCUGGACACUGACUUUUAAUUUAAUCUAUUAUUUAUUUAACAUUUUUAGUGAGUUUUAUAGAUAAUAAUGAAUAUAGUUUUGUUAUCCAAACAAUA